AUGGAUAACAACGGGAUUGAACUGGCGUAUGGCCAUGGAAACGGGAAUGGCUUCAAGUCGCCCCAGGACAAUAUCUUUGAAUCAAAAUAUUCUCGCGAAAAUGGAUACCAGCCAAAACCGCGCCUGGAGAGAUAUCUCGGUUUCCUGCCCAUGCUGGCAUUCGCAGCAACCCUCCAAGCGUCCUGGGAGGCUAUCGGCGCAAGUAUGUUCGCUGGUUUAGAGAACGGAGGGCCUGUUGUUCUCAUUUAUGGACUCAUGCUGGCGAUUGUGGGUUCUCUGGGCAUUGCCCUGUCUCUGGCCGAACUCGCAUCAAUUACUCCUGUGGCCGGAGCCCAGUACCACUGGACAUAUGAUCUCGCACCGUUUGCGCCUCGAUUCCUGAGCUUUAUCCAAGGAUGGAUUACGAUGUUCUCCUGGUGGGCGAACGUGGUCACCUCUCCCUACCUGAUCGGCACCCAGAUCCAGGCUCUGGUCAUUCAAAAUCACCCAGAAUAUGUUCCCAAGCCCUGGCACGCGACUCUCAUUAUCUGGGCGGUCCUUCUUAUCCCUGUGGCUGUGAAUAUUUAUGCCCGUCGCCUUCUAUCGCCAGUCGAGGUAAUUGGCGGUAUCAUCCAUAUUCUGUUCUUCCCAGCCGUCCUGAUUACUCUGAUCGUCUUGGGAUCCCGCAAUUCUUCAGAAUUCGUUUGGACACAUUUCGAGAACUCCAUGAGCGGCUGGAAGAAUGACGGGGUCAUCUGGUCUGUGGGUCUUUUGACCGCAGUCUACACUCUGGGUGGAUUCGACGGAGUCGUACACAUGGCGGAGGAAGUCCGAGACGCCCCUCGAGCAGUCCCCCGAUCAAUGGUCUACAGCGUACUGAUCAACGGCUGCGUUGCUCUCGGAUUCACCAUCGGACUCAUGUACACAAUGGGCAGCCUGAGCGACGCCCUCGAGACUCCCACUGGCUAUCCCAUCCUCGAGAUCUUCUACGCAGCGACUAAAUCCAACGCCGCCGCCUCGGUCCUCAUGAUGACGCUCGUCCUUCCGGGCUUCAUCGCACUCUUCAACGGCCUCGCCUCAGUAACCCGACUCACCUGGGCCUUUGCCCGUGACGAGGGCCUCCCCUUCUCCGGCUUCUUCGCGUACAUCUCCCCCCGCUACAAGAUCCCGCUGCGCGCGCUUUUCCUCGUCGCCAUGAUCACCGUCCUCCUGGCGCUGAUCAACAUCGGCUCCACCACCGCGUUUAACGCGCUCCUGUCCCUCACCACUCUGGGGCAGUACAUCUCGUACCUGAUUCCGGUGAUCUUCCUGCUCAUCAAGCGUCUGCGCGCCCCGCAGGAGAUCCGGUGGGGUUCGUUCCGUCUGGGUCAUUGGGGAGUCCCCAUCAAUGUCUUUGCGAUUGUGUAUGGGGUGUAUAUUAUUAUAUUUCUUCCCUUUCCGCCGAAUUACCCUGUUACGGCGAAGAAUAUGAAUUACGCGGCGCCGGUGUUUUUGGCUGCGCUGGUCUUUGCAAUUGGUGACUGGCUUGUCCGAGGACGGAAACGCUGGCAGGGGCCGAUGGUUAAGGUGCGAGCGGAGUAG